GCGUCGCGCGCCGCUCAUGUCGCGUGCCUGAGUCCCGGCCGACCCUGCGCGCCAUGGCGGCCCCGUGGCUGCUGCUGCUGCUAGCCGCCGCCGCCCAGGCCUCGUCCAACGACACGCGCUGCCAGGACGGGCUGCUGCUGCCUCGCUGGAUGCCGCAGGAGAACCUCACCGUCGGCGACCGCAUCGCGCGCGGCCUCGUCUACUUCUUCGCCAUGAUCUACCUGUUCAUCGGCGUGUCCAUCAUCUCGGACCGCUUCAUGGCCGCCAUAGAGGUGAUCACGUCGCAGGAGAAGGAGAUCCGCGUGAAGAACAAGAAGGGCGAGACGCAGAUCCUGGUGGUGCGCGUGUGGAACGAGACGGUGGCCAACCUGACGCUCAUGGCGCUCGGCUCGUCGGCGCCCGAGAUCCUGCUGUCCGUCAUCGAGAUCAUGGCCAAGAACUUCGAGGCCGGCGACCUGGGUCCGGGCACCAUCGUCGGCUCGGCCGCCUACAACCUGUUCGUCAUCAUCGCCAUCUGCGUGCUGGUGAUCCCGGAGGGCGAGGUCCGCAAGAUCAAGCACCUGCGGGUGUUCUUCGUGACGGCCACGUGGUCCGUGUUCGCCUACGUGUGGCUGUACCUCAUCCUGUCCGUGAUCUCGCCGGGCCGCGUCGACGUGUGGGAGGCGCUGCUCACCUUCGCCUUCUUCCCCAUGACCGUGGGGACGGCCUACAUCGCCGACCGCCGCCUGCUCAUCUACAAGUACCUGCACAAGAACUACCGCAUGAACCGGCGCGGCGUGAUCGUGGAGGCGGAGGGCGACGUGGAGCUGGCGGCCAAGGCGAACCACGUGGACGGCGCGCUGCGCUGCCUGGAGGAGCAGGCGGAGAGCGAGGAGGUGAGGGAGUUCGAGCAGCACCGCCGCGACUACAUCAGCACACUGCGCGAGCUGCGCAAGGCGCACCCCACCACGGACCUGGAGCAGCUGGAGGUGAUGGCGCAGGAGCAGGUGCUGAACAGGGGCCCCAAGAGCCGCGCCUUCUACCGCAUCCAGGCCACCAGGAAGAUGGUGGGCGGCGGCAACAUCAUGAAGAAGAUCCAGGAGCGCGCGCAGAGCGACCUGUCCGAGGUGAAGGCCGAGCUGCAGCGCGAGGAGGAUCUGGGCACCCGGGUGUACUUCGACCCGGGCCACUACACCGUCAUGGAGAACGUGGGCGAGUUCGAGGUGCGCGUGGUGCGCGAGGGAGACCCGGGCUGCUCGCUCAUGGUGGACUACGAGACGGAGGACGGCUCGGCCAACGCCGGCUCGGACUACGUGGGCGCGCGCGGCACGCUGGUCUUCCAGCCGGGCGAGACGAGCAAGACCUUCCGGCUGCAGGUCAUCGACGACGACGUGUUCGAGGAGGACGAGCACUUCUACGUGCGGCUGAGCAACCUGCGCGCGCCGCACGCCAACGGCGCGGGCCUGCCCCGCCGCCUCUCGGCCAGGGCUCCGCCGCCCCCGCCGCCGCCGCGGCUGGGCAGCCCCUCGCUGGCCACCGUCAUGAUCCUGGACGACGACCACGGCGGCGUGUUCGGCUUCGCGCAGCGCGACGUGGAGCUGGUGGAGUCCGUGGGGCUGCACGAGCUGCGCGUGGUGCGCUACAGCGGCGCGCGCGGCCGCGUGGCAGUGCGCUUCAGCACGCAGGACGGCACCGCCAAGGCGGGUCGGGAGUACGAGGCGCUGGCGGGCGAGCUGGUCUUCGACAACAACCAGUCUGAGCAGACAAUUCCGCUGCGCAUCAUCGACGAAGACAGCUACGAGAAGGACGUGCUGUUCUACGUGAACUUGGAGGAACUGCGAAUGCUGGGCGAUAGCGCUGGCGGUUUUGUUGUAGAUGAUGCGCGCCUGGUGGCGGAAGCCGAAAGUAAGCGCUCCGAAGAUCUCACGAUGGACGACAAGAUGGCGCUGCUAGGGAGGCCACGACUCGGUGAAAACACGAGAGUGCAAAUACGCAUCAAGGAAAGUAAAGAGUUCAAGAACACGGUGGACAAGCUGGUGCAGAGGGCGAACGCGUCGCUGCUGAUCGGCACGUCCUCGUGGAAGGAGCAGUUCAUGGAGGCCAUCACCGUCAGUCCAGGCGACGACGGCGGAGGAGAUGGAGACGAGGAGAAGUUGCCUUCGUGCGGAGACUACGUCAUGCACUUCGUGACCCUGCUGUGGAAGCUCCUGUUCGCCUUCGUCCCUCCCACAGAUAUGCUCCGCGGGUACGCUUGCUUCUUCGCGUCCAUCUUCGUCAUCGGCGUGGUGACCGCCGUCAUCGGCGAUGUGGCCUCACACUUCGGCUGCACCCUGGGCAUGCUCGACAGUAUCACGGCCUUCAUCUUCGUGGCGCUCGGCACCAGCAUACCAGACACAUUCGCCAGCAAGGUGGCGGCGAUCCAAGACAAGUACGCCGACGCGUCCAUCGGCAACGUGACGGGCAGCAACGCCGUGAAUGUGUUCCUGGGCAUCGGCGUGGCCUGGUCGCUGGCGGCCAUCGUGCACGCCGCGCGCGGCACCCAGUUCCUCGUCGACCCGGGCAACAUGGCCUUCUCGGUGACCAUCUUCUGCACGGAGGCGCUCCUCGCCAUCCUGCUGCUGGUGGCGCGCCGCUCCAAGCUCACGGGCGGAGAGCUGGGCGGGCCGCUGCUCAUCAAGUACUUCACCGGCGGCUUCCUCAUAUCGCUGUGGAUCGUCUACAUCGUGCUGUCCAGUCUCGAGGUGUACGACGUCAUCGAGGGCUUCUAGGCUCGGCGCUCCUCUGCGAGACCUCCCGACAUCCAGGGCAUCUCCUGGGACUCGUCGCGGCGGGGAACUACAGUUGCGGAGACUGAAGGCAUCACGUCAGAACAUCGAUUACUGGAACUCAAGUUCAAAAGAUUGAAGGCAUUUGCUUCGGCACAUCGCUCCGACGGAUUGUUUACUGAAACUCUGCAUCUGAAGAUUCCAAGCAUCUGCUACGAAUCAUCACAUUAAGAAAACUGUUCCAGGGGCAGCAUUUUCGAAGACUGGAGAAUUUAUAAUGACUCAAAACAUCGGGAGAUUUUUUGCUCUUACUUCAGUUUGGGAAAUUGAAGACAUCUGGUAUGACUCACCCCUUUGGGGUAAAGCUUAUUGUUUUAUAGGAGCAUCACUUUGAAGACUAAAGGCAUCUACAAAUCAUGGUGUCAGGAUAUUGUUUACUGUUAGUUCAGUUACAGUUAAGUAAUGUGCUUCGUGCGAGGGUUCAAGUACACAAGUCUCAAAAAUUAUAUUCUUGAGUUUCAGUUCCAUAAAUUGAAAUCAAACUUUGACAUGUCAGGAUGGCUCCUGUCUGCAAUGCACCGUCCUACUCUGAAGGAUGCUGAUGUGCUAGGAGGUUUCUUCUUGUAAUUCCAGUUCUUGCGAUUAAAGACAUUUACUUUGACUAAUGAGAAUUGCUCCAGCACGCAAGGGGAUUGUGUAAUCCCUAGAAAGCUGACACGUGGUCCUAAGAAACUAACUGAAACCUCAGGUUAUUUUACUCAAGGCACAAACUAUGGCUUAUGAGACUAUCAUUUCGUUGAUGUAAAAAAAAUAUUUUAAACGUGUUAUGCAUGAGUUAAUCGGCGCAGGUAGCCCUAGAACAUUUAAAGGAAUGUUAUCACUAGAUGUUAUGAAUGUUUUUUUGUACUGCUUGCGGUUAGCUUCGAUUUUCUCUUUCGGAGGACAAGAAAAAAACAUUUAAUAACUGUUACGCAAGGUUAUUUAGACCUUUUUAUCAUAAAUAUCGAUUGUGUGUCCUGUGAAGGUGUGAUAAACAUCAUCUGAAUGUUUUGGUUUUGCGGUUGUGUUCAACACAUUGAUAGGCGAACGACAGUGGUAUUUCUUUAUUUACACUGUAGCUUUUGGUUAAGUUACACGUGUCUAUAAGCUUUCACGAGAAGCACUGACGAUGUGGAAGAUGUUGGCGACACACUUUGGCAAGGGCCUGUUAAUGAAGCCCCAAACAUCAUAAACAAAUACAGUAAUCUUCGUUGCCCGGUUAGCAUACCUCCUUGUGUUUUUCAAAGAUAAGCUGAGAAGUUGGUGACAACACUCUUUAAAGAAUAUUUAAAUGUGCCUAGCAAAUAACUGGUGAUUUAGUGCCCUUUGGAUACCUAAAAAAAAGCGAGGAAUUCUAAAACGUUAAUUUUUCAGUGACUAUUACGGCAUUGAUUUAGCUAUAAUUCGUGUAGUUUAAAACAUAACAAUAAUUUCGAUUUUUAAUGAGCGUCUAUUGUAUAUCUCUCCUAACUUAAUUAUGGUAGAAGUGAAUGUAAUUAUUUGCAUCCUACUAUAAAUCAUGUACAGAUCAGGCGACUUCAUAUAAUCCUUAUAUAUAUAUUUAACUAACUUUAAAAUUCUAUUCUUGCAUCUUAAAAAUAUUAAAAACUUCAACAUAACUUAUAUCACGUAGGCUUAAAAACUCAACGUUGUUUAUGUGCAGCGAAUUUUGACUAAAAGUAUUUGUUACAGAAACAUUUCUUUGACGACAAGUCUUGACUUGAAUAAAUUAAUUUCUGUUUGCAUUUGAAUGUAUUACAAGAGCAUUACAGCAAUUUUAUUUUCAGUUUUUAUGAACUAACCCAGCAACACGAUUUAAGCUUUUUUCCACUUAAGAGUCUAUAAUAUUAAGUCAGUUAUUUGAAAACCUAACGUUUUUUAGUUAAUUGUUGAGAAAAAAUCUUUUGAUAGCAUUGGUUACUUUACAGAAUGGCAUUUAUUGUUGCCAAAGAAUGAGUAAAAGGCUUGAAUUGUCAUAAAUGAAAGAAAAUUAUUUCAUGAAUAUUUAUUAAUAAUUGCUUAGCUCUUUAAACCCAAUACAAAAGUGGUUAACUUGAUGUAACAUUAUUACAAUUUUUAAACUUAUACCUUAAACACAUUGCUAAAGGGAUAGCUAAAUAUUACUAUUAAUCAAUUUAUUGAAAUAAUUACUUUACAAAUCUAUGUGAUGAACGGGAAUAUUCAGACCAAAUAUUUGUUAAUCUCUAUUUUUAGAAUGACAUUGAAUAAACUUAUAACACUAAACGGUGGGUUCUUCCGAACGGUAAGAAAAAUUUACUUUACUUUAACCAUCUUUCAUAAGCAGCAAUUUUUCUGCAAACAAAUAAGUGAAGUUAAUUAUUUCAUAAUUGUAAUUUCAAUUACGAAUCAAGCACUAUUGAUUAAUGUUGUAAUUAAAAACUUAAGUGUUUAACUAAUGUGUACAAGGAUAAAAUGUUUCCUGUGAGUUUAUGUAUCCGUAAAAAUUUAAACUUUUAUUUUUUAUUGGAAAUAUUUAUUUGUUUGUGUAUGUUCUUUUUCUAAAGUUUUGUGCAUUACCGUGUUGUGCAAUUUUAAUCAGUUAUUUUUACAUAAAACAUAUCAAUGUACAUAUGUGUUAUAUAAAUAGCAGUGGAACAAUUUUAAGACUUAUAUACAAAUAAUAAUGUAAAAGUCUACUUGCAGGAUAAAGUAUCUGCUAUAGAACGUAGAAUAAAUUUAAACUGAAAUUACAAUAUAUUAUCAAUAGUUACGAAAAAUUAAAUUAAUGCUAAUUCACAAUUUUAAUCGUAUUAAAGUAUGUUUUUCAUGUAUUGGACUUUAAACAUACUUUUAUUGUCACAUGAUGAUUUUAUGAACACAUUUAAAAGUAAAUAUCCACAAUGAUCAUUGUAGACGAAACUUGAACUUUUUAUGAUAUUUGGUACUUUAUGCGUCAUUUGAAGCAUUUUGAAAUAACUUUGAAUGAUUUUAGAAUCAACUUUUUUUUUAAUGUUUUCAGGAUUUAAUUAUUUAUCCAUCUCCAAGAUUUUUUUUUUCACAGUUGUCUAGUCGACACAGCGAAAUCAGUGCUCUCCAUUUUGGAAUAAAUAAAGCUGUAUCCUUUACCUUCUGCCAUGUUUUACUAACUUUUUCGGUUGUACCGAGUAUUACCUAUUUGAAAAUUAUUAUUUUUACAGAGUUUGAGUUUUUUUGUUUGAAAAUGUUUUCUCUCAAGCUCCUUUGUGGCCUUAUGCUUUGCUCCGUGUUAUUUGGAUCCAUCGCUACUAAUCUUUGCUACGCUUUUGUGCUUUUUUUAUCUCUUACUUUUUCCUAUUUAGAGUUAUGCGAAAUUCUUUCAAUCCACUUUGGUAUACAUUUUAAAAUUUCUUGAAGACAUAAAAAAUGUUGACACCUAUUAACAACAGAAGUAGCUUAAAUUAUGAAAAUCUUUACUUGGUAAUUUGCCUAGAAAGUAGACCAUCUAUAUAAUUUUUUAAACCAUUUGAUGAAAGUGGAUAAGACAGUUAUCUUAGUAUUAUAGUGAUACGAUUGAAACUUCGUACUAAGUAUUCAUAAAACAUUUGAAGCAUAUCGAAUUUUUGUAACAAAAGUGUUGGGAAAGUGCAAAAUUGUUCACUGUAUCCAAUAUUCCCGUUUGGAUUAAGUUGUUAAUUACUUUUAUAAUAUUGUAGGAUACAGUAUUGGAUAUUUUGGAAUUGUUUUCCAAAUACUUAAUAAAUAUCAUAUACCAUUUUAUAGACAUAUUUUAUUAAUUAGUUAUCUAUUAGGACAUAUAUAAGUCUAAUAUUUACAAAGUUUGACAACAUGCUGUCAAAGUCACUGUUUUAUUAUUCCCUUUUCUCUUUUUACUUUAAAGACAUAGAAAUUAAAAAGUAUGUUAUUGAAGAAAAUAAUACAAAUAAUAUCAUUACUCGAGUGUAAACUACGUAGACCCGUACGUCUUUCUUGUUGUAAAAUGGAAAACAAUGAUAGGUGUAACUUCGUAGCAAGGCCCUGUGCUGCUUAUUCAAAAUAUUAAUUUUGAUUGAAACAUUGUAUACAAGAAUAAAACAAAAACAUUAAUAUUUUAAAUUAAUUAAAUACUUAAACAAAUUUAUCAGUUUACCAUGAGCCUGUGUAAAAUAUGUAUAUAUUACAAGUUUUGAAAUUUAUAUAAAACGGGAUAUUCAACUUGAAAGUAUAUAAUGAUAAGUAAUUAUUAUAUAUUUUUCACAAAAUGUUUUUGCGUUUAAAGUGAGGAAAAAUUUGCUUUACUGAAAAUUAUGAUUUUACGACGCACUCUUAGAAAAAAAAUGAUUUGAUAUACGACCUCAAAGAUUAAAAUUGGGCCAGAUAUUUUGAUAAUUUAGAAAGUAUAUUUGUUAAAUUGUGAAAUAAAACGAAAAUUAUGUUAAGAUUUUGAACAUAUUUCAACCGUAAUAAAGUCAUAAAUGUGAUAGUUUCUGAUAAUGUAAUUAAGUAUUGAAACAUUGUAUUUUUAUUAUCAUUUUUUACAUUUUACAGAUCUUGCAUAAAUAUUGUAAUUUAAAUGAUUUUAAAUAUUAUAUACCGCUUGUAACUUAAGAAUAUAUUUUAUAUUGAAUACGUGCGUAAAGAUAGCAGAUAACAUAUUAAAAUAUUAUUCUUAUUGUACACAGUAAAAUAAUAUUUUUAAUAUUGCAAACUAGCUAAAAAAACAUUUCUUUAGCACUGCAUGUAGGACAGUAAAUUUUGCAGUUUAUGGCUGGGUAAACUAUAAAACUAACACUUUAUCUAAUAACAACCACUCCACCACCUAAUCUCACAUCAAAGAUAACCAAGAAGAUAAUAAAUAUUAACAAAAAAUUACUUAGUGAAAUUUGGUAAAGUGAAAAAAUAGUUUAACUACAUUUAUUUAUUCGCAAUGGUUCUAGCUGAAUCAGUAGCGUGAAACAACAAACAAUGUCAGAAACUAAAAACUAUUAAACUAUAUAAUUUACAAACUUAACAUUAAAUUGAAAGAAGGAAAUAUUACAUGCACAAAAUUUGAUUUUGUAUUAUGUAAAUAUUCCUUUGAAUACUAGUUGCCAAGACGUUUCGUAAGUUUUCGAGUGAUUAAACAGUAAAUUUUUCAGCCUACUGCUUUAAUAUUGAUUAUUGUAUCUAUAUUUAAACAAGCAAACACUAAAGAUGCAACAUUAGUGGUAAACAUUAAGAUAUAAUAUUAAAUGUAUAUUUCUUCACAACACUACGAUGAGCAAUGAGCAGUUAGUAUUUUGUAUUUAGUGUUACGAAAUAUCUUAUUAAUUUCAAAAUACUGUAUGUAAAACGUUCAACAAGAUUCAAUGUGAGUGUUAGUGGAGCGGUAAACUAAAUAUAUGUAUACCUACAAUACUUAUUACAAACAAAAUUAUAAAUUCAUGAAGUAUAUGAUAAGUCAAGUUUUACCGAUUCUGCAUAUUAAAAUUUUGAUAAUUGUUCUACUUAUAUUAUAACGUUGGACUUUAGUCGAACUAUAAAUUUUUAAUGAAAUUUUUUGAUCUAUUUAAAAAGUAGAGUGUAAUUUUUAUAGUUUUCGAGUUUAAUUGAAAGAAGUUUUAUACUAACUAGUUCAAGGGCUGGUUACCCACAGGGACCGAAUAAGAUAUAAUUUAGGACAAAAUUAGUGUUAUAGCGGGAAGUUCGAAAAAUUUUUGAGCUAGUGUCUUGAUUCCAAUAGCAAAUCAAAAAUUUUACACACAAGUAAAGGUGUAACAUGAACACUGUUGAGAGACACAUUUAUUUGGCAUCAUUAGUGAGUCAGUUUUCUAUAAAGCGAGCAAGUGUAUAUUUAAUGAUAUAAGCCCUCGAAGUAACAAUUUACUAUCAUGUUUGCCUGGAGAGAUAUAAAGUUUAGGGAACAACAUAAUCUUAAAUAGUAGAUAAAACAAGGCCAAGAAAAUGCAUCCCUUUUUAUUCACGCCAUCAUAAUCGCAACAUAAUCAGUAACGUAAUAACAUAAACACAGCGCCCUUACGAACUAGUAUUUUACUGCAAAAAACUUCGCUAAUAUUUGACUGCAAACACAAAACGUGAAUCAUUCAUCUCAAAAAAGGAAACCAUCCCCACUAAAAGAAAAAAAGAUACUUUGUUGUAUUUUUGAAUACAUUAUUUCCCCUCUAAAGUUCAUAUCUCCAACCCAUAGCCCUUUCCUGGGUUACAAGGAAUAAAACUAAAUUAUAAUAGCUUUAAUUUAUUAUUUAAUUUUAAAGGGUAGCCUAGAUAUUGUAAAUAAAAGUUUAAAUUACCAUUAUUUUUAUUGCGUGCAAAAAUAUGUUAAUUUGAAAACAGAAUGAAACAAUGUGUAAUGACAAAUAGUACUUCAAAUCUAAACUCUCUAAGAUAACAUAAAAAUCUGUUUUACUAUUUGUACUCUAACCCAUGUAACCACAACACCUAACAUUAAAAAAAAAUUCCCUUGGUCUUAGAAUAUUUCAAGAAAAAAAAUUCGGUUAUUGAAAACCAUACCUGUAAAAACCUAUAUGAUAUUAAAUAUUUGUCUGUAAAAUUUUGUAACACUGACUAAACGUACCAUUAACUCUAUGCAAGCGAUAUAAGUAGCAACAUUUCUGAUCAGCUUAAAAAUGUUUAUCGUGCAACAAAUGUAUUGAUAGCUGUAGUGUAUGGUUUUAGAAGUCAAGAAGUGAAGCGCUUAUUAAUGGUAAAAGUCCAAGUAUAAUUAGCGUAUCCUGUCAUUUAUUGUUCCAUAUGCUGCCAACGAGUCAAUAGACAUUUUAAAUGGUUGAGACAUGUAACAAAUGCUUCAAAAAAUAUUUUAUAGGUAGAGAUAAUGUUAAUUAGAAGUUUACGUGCUUUGUUAAUAAAGUAUUUUAAUAGCGUGGUAAGAGAGCUCUUUACUGCAGAUUUAUUUAAAUAUGCUAUAAUGAAUAAAUAACGCUGUAAUGAUUAUGAAAAACGUACAUUUCUAACAAAAGUUCAACUUGUUUAAGGCUUUCAUAUUAUGACGCUACAAGAAUUUCUAGUUUGGAAAAUAAUACUUUAAAUCAAACAACAAACGCAUCAAUGUUUUCGUGACUUUAUCAAAACCUUGUCACGUGUAUCAGUUUGGAGUUGUUUUAGUGCUGUGUUUAUCGUUAUAGAAAUGAGAAACGCUGCUUUCUUGCAGAAUUGUAAACUUCUGUAUUGUAACGAAGUUGGAUUAAUUGUAUAAAUUUACAUUAGUGUUGUGUUUUAUUUGUGCCCUGACUUUGAACCUUUUUAUUUUAAGGCUGGAUGUUGACGUAGUUCAGUGAUAUAAGACCGAAAAUAUAAGUCAUGUGAAAUUUGUACUUAAGAAAAGCUGUAUAAAUGUUUAUUGUUUUCUUGAUGUUCCGAAACCUUUUGUGUUUGUAUUGUUCAAGUUCAUCGAUAGUGUAAAUACAGUACAUAGGAAUGUACGUAUCAUACUGUUGUGGUUUUGUACAAAAAAUGUUUAAUUAAAUGUUAAAGAAAAACAGAA